AUGCUGCGCGAGCGGACCGUCCGGCUGCUGCACGGGAGCCGCGUCGAGGCGGUGUACGUGCUGGGCACGUACCUCUGGACCGACGUCUACAGUGCAGCCCCAGCUGGGGCCCAAACCUUCAGCCUGAAGCACUCGGAGCACGUGCAGGUGGAGGUGGUGUGUGAUGGGCAGGCCGAGGAGGUGGUCACCAGUGGCAAAAGACGCUGGCCUCUGUCUCCCAGCACCACACUGCGGCUCACCAUGAACCAGGCGAGCACCGAGGCCAGCAGUGACAAGGUCACCGUGAACUACUACGAGCAGGAGGGGAACACUCCCAUCGACCAGGCUGGGCUCUUCCUUACGGCCAUUGAGAUAUCCCUGGAUGUGGAUGCAGACCGGGACGGCAUGGUGGAAAAGAACAACCCAAGAAAGGCGUCCUGGACCUGGGGCCCCGAGGGCCAGGGGGCCAUCCUGCUGGUGAACUGUGACCGAGACACGCCCUGGCUGUCCAAAGAGGACUGCAGAGACGAGAAGGUCUUCAGCAAGGAAGACCUCAAGGACAUGUCCCAGAUGAUCCUGCGGACCAAAGGCCCAGACCGCCUCCCCGCCGGACACGAGAUGGUCCUCUACAUCUCCAUGUCGGACUCGGACAAAGUGGGCGUGUUCUACGUGGAGAACCCGUUCUUCGGCCAACGUUAUAUCCACAUCCUGGGCCGACAGAAGCUGUACCACGUGGUCAAGUACACGGGCGGCUCCGCAGAGCUGCUGUUCUUCGUGGAAGGCCUCCGGUUCCCCGACGAGGGCUUCUCAGGCCUGGUCUCCAUCCACGUCAGCCUGCUGGAGUAUAUGGCCAAGGACAUUCCCUUGACACCCAUCUUUACGGACACUGUGAUGUUCCGGAUUGCCCCAUGGAUCAUGACCCCCAACAUCCUGCCUCCCGUGUCAGUGUACGUGUGCUGCAUGAAGGACAAUUACCUGUUCCUGAAAGAGGUGAAGAACCUGGUCGAGAAAACCAACUGCGAACUGAAAGUCUGCUUCCAGUACAUAAACCGAGGCGACCGCUGGAUCCAGGAUGAAAUCGAGUUUGGCUACAUCGAGGCCCCCCACAAAGGCUUCCCCGUGGUGCUGGACUCCCCCCGAGAUGGAAACCUGAAGGAAUUUCCAGUGAAGCAGCUCCUGGGUCCAGAUUUUGGCUACGUGAACCGGGAGCCCCUCUUUGAGCCUGUCACCAGCCUUGAUUCCUUUGGGAACCUGGAGGUCAGUCCCCCAGUGACUGUGAAUGGCAAGACAUACCCCCUGGGCCGGAUCCUCAUCGGGAGCAGCUUUCCUCUGUCCGGCGGUCGAAGGAUGACCAAGGUGGUGCAAGACUUCCUGCAGGCCCAGCAGGUGCAGGCACCUGUGGAGCUCUACUCGGACUGGCUGACCGUGGGCCAUGUGGACGAGUUCAUGACCUUCAUCCCCAUCCCGGGCACUGAGGUGAGCUGGCUCCUGAGCGAAUAGGAUAGUGGAGUGAAUAGGAUAUUUAGGGACAGGAAAAAAAGUACUGUCCCCCAUCCUCUGAUCCCCACAGGCCUGGGCGGGAUGAGCAACAAGCGAAUCACCAUCAACAAGAUUCUGUCCAAUGAGAGCCUCGUGCAGGAGAACCAGUAUUUCCAGCGCUGCCUGGACUGGAACCGUGACAUCCUCAAGAAGGAGCUGGGGCUGACAGAGCAGGACAUCAUCGAUCUGCCCGCUCUGUUCAAGAUGGAUGAGUACCGCCAAGCCAGAGCCUACUUCCCAAACAUGGUGAACAUGAUUGUGCUGGACAAGGACCUGGGCAUCCCCAAGCCCUUCGGGCCCCAGGUGGAGGAGGUGUGCUGCCUGGAGACGCAUGUGCGCUCCCUGCUGGAGCCCCUGGGCCUCUGCUGCACCUUCGUCGAUGACAUUUCUGCCUACCACAAGUUUCUGGGGGAGGUGCACUGUGGCACCAACGUCCGCAGGAAGCCCUUCACCUUCAAGUGGUGGCACAUGGUGCCCUGA